CCAAUCAGAAACCAUGCUUUGGUUUCCGAAUGUUUUGGAAGUCGAACGGACUACCUGAACUGAUUCCAUUUGACUUCCAAGGUACGACUGUAUUAUACAAGUUAGAUACAUUCUAGGUAGAAAGCUCACAACGUAAGUAUCCAUUUUAGAUUCUAUGAACCAGACCUACAGGGAGUGGACUAUGUUCUAUAUAAAUCAGUGGAAUAUAGUUGUUUUAGUCUCAGAAACUACGUUUCCCAUUUUAAACUAGGAGAAUUUAAUUUUCAAACAACAAACUUUCACCAGUUCAUCAAUUUUCUUCCCAGUCUUGCUAAAUUAACAGUGUCUUAAUUUGGCUGGUUUGGAAAACAAGCACAUGUUUUAAUCCAAUUAUAGCAGCUCCUGCUUAUGAGUUCAUUUUUGUUUUGUUAAUAUAUUACUAAGCACCACUGGUUAGGUUUGAUUUCAAACCUAUUUAGUAUUUCUUAAAAUUUAGAACUUGCAUUUAUUAGUUGGUCUAAUAAAAUGAUUUAUCUUACUUGGCUCUUGGUGUAAAGAGCCAACACUUGCCUCCAAGACUUUUGUGGCAACCUGGGCCUGCAAUGGCCAGUAACAUGUAUUUUUCAGAAAAUCUUUAACUGGAAAAUUUUCUGUUUGUAUCAGAAAACUUUCUGAUGUCUCAGCACAGGAGUGUGGUUGGAACUCAAACUCCCAGGAAUGAUAGGAGCUGUACUCCGCAUCUGGAGGGCCACGCGAUAGCCACCAAGAGAGGGAUCGAAUUCAACACAUUUAUUUUACUUGCAUUUAGAAAACAACGCAAAACUUUGAAAUUGACCAGCUUGCCAGAUAUUGUACUGCAUUCAGUUUCUCCUCUCUAGGAACCAGGCUGCUUAUGAUUUGUCACCAAUUUGCAAAACUGUCUCCCUCAGGAGGUGGCGGACUCUCCUUCCUUGGAGAUAUUUAGGAAGAGGUUGGGUGAGUGCCAUCGGUCAUGGAUGCUUCAGCUGAGAUUUUCCUGCAUGGCAGGGGGUUGGAUUAGAUGACCUCGGCAGGGCCAGAUUCAGGUUUGAUGAGGCCCUAAGCUACUGAAGCAGGUGCAGAUAGUGUGAAGCCACUGGAUGGCGUGAGAAUUCUUGAUCUAACAAGAGUACUUGCGGGACCUUUUGCCACCAUGAAUCUGGGAGACCUUGGAGCUGAAGUUAUUAAAGUGGAAAAGCCAGGAGCAGGAGAUGAUACCAGAUCCUGGGGCCCCCCCUUCCUUGGGAUGGAAAGUGUUUACUUUCUCAGUGUAAACAGAAAUAAAAAGAGCAUAGCUGUUAAUAUGAAGAAUCCUAAGGGAGCGAAGAUAAUUAAAGAGCUUGCAGCUGUUUGUGAUGUUUUUGUGGAGAAUUAUGUCCCUGGGAAACUAUCUGAAAUGGGCCUGGGGUACGAAGACAUUAACAAGAUUGCACCUCACAUUGUUUACUGUUCAAUAACAGGCUAUGGCCAAACUGGUCCGAAGUUUCAACGAGCAGGCUAUGACUCUGUCGCAGCUGCAGUUUCAGGCCUCUUGCAUAUCACAGGCCCCCAGGAAGGUGAGCCAGUUCGGCCAGGAGUAGCCAUGACUGAUCUUGCCACAGGAUUGUAUGCAUACGGUGCAAUUAUGGCUGGACUUCUUCAGCGAUAUAAAACAGGGAAGGGAAUGCACAUAGACUGCAAUUUGCUAUCGUCUCAGGUCGCCUGCCUUACCUAUGUAGCAAGCACUUACCUAAAUUGCAAGACAGAAUCCAAACGCUGGGGUACUGCCCAUGCAAGCAUUGUUCCUUACCAGGCUUUCAAAACAAAGGAUGGCUACAUUGUGGUGGGAGCAGGAAAUGAUCAACAGUUUGCCACUGUCUGCAAGAUCCUGAAUCUGCCUGAAAUCAGCCAAGAUUCCAGAUACAAAAAUAACCAGCAGCGAGUGCUAAAUAGGAAGGAACUUACUGAAAUUUUAACAGCCAGGUUUUUGGAAAAAGAGACCACCAAAUGGCUAGAACUCUUUGAAGGUAGUGGUGUUCCAUAUGGUCCAAUCAAUAGCAUGCAGCAAGUGUUCUCGGAUCCUCAGGUUCUGCACAAUGGACUUGUCAUGGAGAUGGAUCAUCCAACAGUAGGGAGGAUAGCUGUUCCAGGACCAGCUGUAAGGUACAGCCAGUUUGACGUGUCGGAGCCCAAACCACCUCCUCUCGUUGGUCAACACACACUGGAUGUUCUGAAGGAUACUCUGGGGUACAAGGAUGAUGCCCUAGAGGAACUGCUCAGCUCUGGAGCAAUAGUUCAGCAUGAACGCAUGUGAAUGGCUUUGGCUUCAGUUGUUGACGGAGAAGAAACUUCCUGGAAUUCUACCAGGAUCUCUUUAGUUUUCACAACCAAAGAUGGAGAUGUGAUUAAGUUCUUGGUAUUUUUUUAAUAUAAUCUGAAACACACACUGCAUUCAAGUAUCAACCUGCAAAGUUUUAAAAUAAUCCAUUUUUCCUGCCUUUCAUGCAGGCAGGGGACAGGUAGAGGUGCUGGUAACUAUGAAAUUCAGCAUUUAGUAUAUCGCUGAUAGACCAAAAUAAAACCCACCAUGCAACCCCACUGCCACAUGUUCAGCAGUCCUCUCUCUGGAA